CCUAGUUCUAAUGAGCUUUAUUUGUUUUCAGAAUCGCUGCGCGGCAUUUGGGAUCACUAUCAGCUUAAGCUGCUGUUGGAGACCUUGUUCAAAGAGGUCAACAACAGGGAGUUCGGCUUCCUGGGCAUGAACAGCACAGAGAUUUGUUUUCCGGAACCGUCUGACCGUAACGGGACGUGGUGGCCAAAGGCUCCAAUAGGACAGAGCGUAACUUUGGAACAGAAGGUUCUGUGCUCAAUCGAGCCCGGACUGAUUCCGUACAGAAAGUGCCUCGGCGAUCGAAUCUACGGUGGAACCUGGGAAUCCGUUGAAAAAGACUCAAAGCAGUGCCUGCCUCCGGUCAACCCAGAAACCAACAAACUUGAUGCCAUUCAUAAGAAUUCCUCCCGCAUGCAAAUUGACGAAAUUGAGGGCGCCUUGAAGGGCAUCAACGACGUCAUUAAGACCUAUACCAAGAAGAUGGAACCAAUGGACAUCUAUUUAGUGUCGGGUGCGAUAGAAAAUUUCCGAGAGACCUUAUUGAAUAAUGGCACCAAUAACGCGGCCGUAAUUGGCAAUAAAAGCACUUCCUAUUACUGCGGCUUGUCGGACGUUCUGAGCCACAUGAUGAGCGUCGAGAGGUCCGUUAUGAACGGCUCGCAGUCGCUGUACAACGCCACGAACCGCCUGCUGGACUCGACCGAGAGUAUAAUCAACCAAUUGUCCAUCGCGGAAUCAGAGCGCGGAUUCGUCGGAGUUGACCGUAAUUGUCUUAAUGAUCGGCGAGGGAACGACUCCGAGGAGCAGGGUACAAUGUUGCUUCGCAAGCCCAGGUUUGUCCUGCUGGUGGCGGAUCCUGACGAGGCGAACGUCACCGGGAUGGCGCUGAUAAGGAAGAAUACCACCGAGGAUCAUGAUUUUGACUCGUACGAUGUGAGGUAAGUGGUUAUGAGGUUCUUUUGGUGCACUUUGCACUGUUUGGAUCACUUUUGGGUCCUCUAAAGUAUCCUGGAAUGUAGAUCUUGGAGUUUUCUAAGAAAGUUCGUAUCCAAUGAUGACCCUGGAACCCUUAGACAUCACUAUGAACUCGUUGAGCAACUUUUGGGUUGUUCUGGGACCUCCUAAGUAUCCUCAAUUACAGAAUUUUGAAUCUACCGCCGUUACAACCCAAUUUUUACAAAGUAUUCAUUGAAGGUUCCUUUCCAGUGAUGUCCUUAGGACCUUUUGGCACCACUAUGAACUUUUUGGACCACUGUUGGGAUGUUCUGGGUCCUCCAAAGUGUCCUGGAAUACAGAGCGGAUUCGUAAAUCCGAAUUCGCUAAUUAGAACGGCUGACAGCUGUCAAAAGCACGAAACCACGUGAUCGGAAAUCGACUAACAAAGGGGGUCG